CACAGAAUUCCGCGGUUACCUUGACGACCGCGGACGCUGUGGCUGCGCUAAAGUGCCCGCUGAAGCCCUGCGGAAAAGGACGCUGGAGCCGAGGGCAUGAGGAACUGGUGUCUGUGUCAGAUUUGCACCUGCGGGCGGCAUCGUUGUCUGCAUGGAACCACGCGGAUUUAUGAACAUUCUGGCAUAUCUUGCCCCACAACGGAGUAUCUCGAAAAAUAUCCAAAAUAUGGCAACGUUCUUCCACCUCAGAGUCUUAAACCCAAGCAAGAAUUUCAGGCAUACCGUGGUAAAGUGGAAGGAGUAACUACAUUUAAGUCAGAUUAUCGUCCCUACGAAGUAGUCAAACCACCUCGCCACAUACCGGAAGAAUAUAAACCCAAACAGGGGAAAAUUGAUCUUGGUACUACCUACCAGCGAGAUUUUAAUCCUUUCAAAGUACAGCCUGUGCUAAAGGUCCGGCCUGUGGAAAGACAACCAAUUAAAAAGGGAAAGCUGGACACUGUCCCAACUUACAAAGAUGACUAUAGAUCUUGGGAGAUUCAGAAAUGUGAACUGUGCAAACCAGAGGAAACUUACCAUCCCCCAGAUGUGAAAUUCGGAAACUCAACUACAUUUCAGGAUGACUAUGUUCCCCGAGAGAUAAAGCCAAGGCAAAGCUUUAAGCCCUGCUCUGCAGUCAAGUGUCCUGUAGGCCCCUUUGAUGGCGAUACAAGUCAUCGCCGAGAUUAUGUACCUCAUCAGCUCGAAGUCAAGUUCGAAAGACCAAAAGAAGUUUAUAAGCCUACUGAGCAGCCUUUUGAGGAUCUUACCACUCACCGGAAUGACUUUCAGGGAUUUACUGGAGAAACUGCAAAAAUCUGCAGACCUGCCUACACAAGAGUAACCCAAAAUGUUCCCUUCAGUGGGAGCACUGAAUUCCGUGACAGUUUCCAACCAUGGGAAAUCCCACCACCCAAAGUCAAGGAAGUAGCCGAAUAUGUGCCCCCUCAAGGAAGCAUGCAGCUGAGCAGCACCAGCCACCUGGACUAUGUUCCCUACCAGGCCAGCCGUGUUGUUGCCAUCAAGCCGGUUUCUCACAGAAGAAAAAGCAGUUUUCCUUUCCAAGGAAAAAGCACCAUGAAGGAAGAUUUCCAAGCAUGGGAAAGUUGUCGUCAAGGGCUUAUUAAGCAGCAGCAACAGAUUCCCAACCCAUCCGGGAAAUUUGAUGGUUUGAGCACUUUCCGAUCUCACUUUGUGCCCCAUGAGUUGAUCCCAGUAGAGAGCUGCAAACCUUUAAAUGCUACUGUGAAGAGCUCAGUUCCACUUGAUGAUGUCACCAUGUAUUCCAUACAGUACACACCGAAGAAACAGGAAAUCUGCCCGGCUAGUUAUCCUUCUCCUCCAGGUUAUGUAUUUGAAAAUACAAAUUCCCAAGGACAUAAGUUCUUUCGCAAGGUAAUUCCUGCAGUGAAGGCCUUUUAG